AUGGAUAUCCAAGCGCCGCCAGUCCCCGAGCGCAUCGUCUCUAACGCAUCAUAUGGCAAGGUCGAUCCGUUGACUACCACGGCCGAGGAACUGCAAAAGCUUCUAACAUCAGGUAAUCUCACAAGCCUAGAUUUGAUCAAUAUUUAUCUUGGUCAGAUUGAGCAGCACAACAAAAACGGUCUGAAGUUGAAUGCAAUCAUUUCAACUGUACCACAACACAUCGUUGUUAAACGAGCCAGACUUCUUGAUGCAGAAAGAGCCACUGGCAGCAUACGCGGUCCUCUGCACGGAAUUCCAGUUGUCGUCAAAGACAAUGUAAUGACCGACUCUUCACUCGGCGUGGACACUACCUGCGGCUCCUAUGCUCUUGUUGGAGCCAAGGCACCAAACGCUCCAAUGAAAGAUCGUCUUCUGAAGGCUGGCAUGAUUAUCAUUGCGAAAGCCAAUCUAUCUGAAUGGGCUGGCUCAAAAGGAUUCGGAAUAGUAACCGGGUGGUCAGCAGUCGGCGGCCAGACGCAGUCACCAUAUAUCAGGGGCGGCUAUGUGCAUGGAGAUAAGAUUUUAGGACACAGCACUCCAUGCGGUUCUUCAUCUGGAUCUGCCGUAGCUGUGGCCGCUGGGUUCGCACCUAUAGCACUGGGGGCCGAAUCUGACGGAUCCAUCACACAACCAGCUGGAAGGGCUUCUCUGUACGCAAUGAAAGUUACCGUUGGAGCAUUAGAUACAAAGGGGACAUCGCCACAAUCUCCAAUUACCGAUAGUCUUGGCGGCAUGGCCAAAAGCUCUGGAGACCUUGCUAACUUUAUCGGAGCUAUGAUGGAGCAAGAUCACUCUUCUUAUCUCACGAAGACGUGGGCAGGGCAGAAAGUUGCCUUUGUGGAUCCCAAUAAGUGGGAGCUCCAUCCCGCUGUUUGCGACCGGAUCGAAAUCGUCCGCGAAAAACAAAUUUCCGAGUUUCUCCAAGCUAUAGCUACUAUCCGGAAGUCUGGAGCAGAAGUGACGGAAAAUGUCGUGUUGCCACAAGUCGAUGAGAUUACUUGGGAGGUUGAGGAUGCCCUUGAAACGGUAUGGAACUCAUAUCUUGGCGGUGAAAUCAACUCUUUUCUCAACGAAUACACCGAAUCCUCGUUACGCACAGUUGAGGAGCUGAUACAGUGGAAUUCUGAUCACAAAGACUUGGAGCUUCCACCAGCAUUUCCGGGCCAACAGCAGCUCGAAAAUACGUUGAAGAGUAACCUGGCAGAGGAGAAGCGGCAAGAUAUUGUCUCAAUCAUCCGCAAGAUAGCCAAAGAUGACGGAUUUGACCGAAUCUAUGAAGAUACAGGGGCCGAAGUGCUCAUAGGACCAUUAGACGGGCGGAUUGUCACCGUUGCUGCUGCUGCAGGAUACCCUGCCGGAGUGGCGCCGUUGGGAUAUGCUGACAACUACAAUGGUAGAGAAUACGGCGUGGUCAUUGUGGCAAAGGCUGGGGAUGAGGGAAAGAUUCUACAAGCCAUGAGUGCUUGGGAGAAGACGAUGCCAGGACGGAUCCCGCCGCCACAGCUGGUAAAUUAUAAAGCGAGUCUGUGA